UACAGAAGAUCUGUAUCAAGAAGGAAUCUCGACAUCAAGCUGCGAGGGAUCUCUGUGCAGCUGUGACCUCGAGAGCCAUCCCUGCUUGAGUCGCAGAUCUGUCGUGCAGCGCGCUGCUGUGCAGGAGAGCUCGAGGGGUGCUUGGGCUGCUCCCUGUUUUGGGGUGAGAUGACCCUUUCUCUUGUCCCUGCAGACUCCAGUUCAACUUGGGCCUUCCAGGCGUGAUCAUCCCUGGCUGCAGGAGAGCAGCAAAUGGCCACAGCACAUCCGUGUCAGGAGCCCGUGAGCUUUGCGGAGGUGGCCGUGUAUUUCAGCAGGGAGGAGUGGGCGCUGCUGGACCCUGCGCAGCGAGCGCUCUACCGGGACGUGAUGCUGGAGACGUACCAGUGCGUGGCCUGGCUGGCUUCACUUCCAGCCCCCAAACCCGGGCUGAUCUCCCUGCUUGAAGGAGGGGAAGACCCCUGGAUCCCAGAUGUGCGUAGCCCGGAGGCCGUGCCAGGAGACCUAAGCCCAGGUGGAGAUGAGAUCACAAAACCAAAGGAGAAUCUGCAGGAAGUCAGUGUGGUCCGGAGGCAGUGGGGUAAUGUCUCUGUGGGAAUAAGCAGAAGGGAUGUCCAAGGGGGCCUGAAGCAAGGAGAACACUUCAAGCAGCCACUGGGAAACUAUCCAGGAAAGAGAGCAAGGAACCCGCUGGAACUCAGUGCAGGUCAACAGCAGCCUGAAGAGGCCAGGAAGAGGGAAGUACGCCAGAAGAAAAAACACAACUCAAGCAAUGAGUGUGCGAAAAGCGCUAAAAGGUAUUCCAGACUCGUUAAAAACCAUCACGUACGCUCAGGGGAGAGACUGUACAAGUGCUCUGCUUGUGGAAAGAGCUUCAAAUGGAGAGCCCACCUUACAGUACAUCAACGCAUCCACACGGGAGAGAGACCGUUUAAGUGCUCAGAGUGUGGGAAGUGCUUCAGCAGCAGUUCCAACCUCAUUGUCCACCAGCCCAUCCACACAGGAGAGAGACCCUACAAGUGCUCUGAGUGUGGGAAGAGCUUCAAAAGAAGUUCCCACCUCAUCAGCCACCAGCACGUCCACACAGGAGAGAGACCCUUUAAUUGUCCCGAAUGUCCAAGGAGCUUUAAACACAGUUCCGCACUUUACUCCCACCAGUUUAUCCACACAAGAGAGAGACCCUACAAGUGCCCUGAUUGUGGGAAGAGCUUCAGAAGUAGUUCUGCCCUCACCUCCCACCAGAGCAUCCACUCAGGAGAGAGACCCUUCAAGUGCUCUGAGUGCUCGAGGAGCUUCAAAAGGAGUUCCCACCUCACCUACCACCUGCACAUCCACACAGGAGAGAGACCCUACAAGUGCCCUGAGUGUGGGAAGGGCUUCAAAAGCAGUUCCAAUGUCAUCCGCCACCAGCGCAUCCACACAAGAGAGAGACCCUACAAGUGCCCUGAGUGUGGGAAGAGCUUUAGAAGCAGUUCUAGACUCAACUCCCACAAACAAGUACACAGAAGAAAGGCACUGAAAGGGUCUCUCUUCUGCAUGGAUGUGCUGGUGGAAGGUCUCUCCGAGCGGCGCCUUUGGUGCUUUGUCGCCUCCCGGGCUGCUGCUCCCGGCUCAUCCCGGGACAGCGCUCAGCCCUGUGGGCAGAGACGGAGCCGUCGGUGCCGCUUCCAGGAGAACGGCCGCCUCUUCCCAGCAGAGCAGGCUGCAGGAGAGCAGCAAAUGGCCACAGCACAUCGGUGUCAGGAGCCCGUGAGCUUUGCGGAGGUGGCCGUGUAUUUCAGCAGGGAGGAGUGGGCGCUGCUGGACCCUGCGCAGCGAGCGCUCUACCGGGACGUGAUGCUGGAGACGUACCAGUGCGUGGCCUGGCUGGCUCCACUUCCAGCCCCCAAACCCGGGCUGAUCUCCCUGCUUGAAGGAGGGGAAGACCCCUGGAUCCCAGAUGUGCGUAGCCCGGAGGCCGUGCCAGGAGACCUGAGCCCAGCAGGAACUGGGAUUACAGAUAUACUGGAGGAUGUGCAGGAAAGUGGUGUGGCCGAAAGGCGGUGGGGCAGUGCCUGUGUGGGAGAAAUCAGAAGGGAUGUCCCAGGAGGCCUGGAGCAAGGUCAGGGUGAGCACAUCAAGAAGGCACUGGGAGAGCAUCUGGAAGAGAAAGGAAGGAGCCCACUGGACUUCAACAUAGGUGAAAAGCAGGACGUAGAGCCCAGGAGCAAGGAUGUGUGUCAGAUGAAAAAGCAGAAUCCAUGCACUGAGUGUGGGAAAAGCUUGGAAAUAAAUUCCAGUGUCAUUAACCACCAGUGCAUGCACGCAACGCAGAGCCUGUACAAGUGCUCUGAGUGUGGGAAGAGCUUCAACAGCAGUUACAACCUUACCCGCCACCAACGCAUCCACACAGGAGAGAGACCCUUUCAGUGCUCUGAGUGUGGGAAGGGCUUCAACAGCAGUUGCAACCUUACUUGCCACCAACGCAUCCACAGAGAGGAGAGACCCUUUCAGUGCUCUGAGUGUGUGAAGUGCUUCAAACGCCGUUCUGACUUGAAGCAGCACCUGCGCAUGCACAGACAGGAGAGACCCUUUCAGUGUUCCAUGUGUGGGAAGAGCUUCAAAAGAAGAUGCGAGUUAAAGCUGCACCAGCGCAUCCACACAGGGGAGAGGCCCUGCAAGUGCUCUGAGUGUGGGAAGAGCUUCAGCAGAAGUUCCCACCUCACCUACCACCAACGCAUCCACACAGGAGAGAGACCCUUUCAGUGUCCUGAGUGUGGGAAGAGCUUCAACAGCAGUUCCCAUCUCACCUGCCACCAACGUAUCCACAAAGGAGAGAAACCCUUUCAGUGCUCUGAGUGUGGGAAGGGCUUCAAAACGAAGUUUGAAUUGAAGCUGCACCAGCGCAUCCACACAGGGGAGAGACCAUACAAGUGCUCUGAGUGUGGGAAGGGCUUCAAAAGCAAUUCUAACCUCACCUGCCACCAUCGCAUCCACACAGGAGAGAGACCCUUUCAGUGUCCUGAGUGUGGGAAGAGCUUCAAACGCAGUUCUGAAUUGAAGCAGCACCAUCGCAUCCACACAGGACAGAGACCCUUUCAGUGUCUGGAGUGUGCAAAGAGCUUUAAACGCAGAUCUCAUCUCAACACUCACAAGCGCACCCACAGAGGGCUGUGGGAAGCAGGCAGGAGAGGCCAAGGGGCGAGGGAUGUGAAUGCAGGGGGAGAGGGAGGUGCCCUCAGGCAGCAUGCGUGUGCUGGGGCCGGAGAAGCGGCUGGGACGGGAGUUUGUGUCGUGUGCGAGCUGCUUCCCUGGGCCUUGGCUGUUGCCAGCAAGGAGCCUCUUUGCUUGCAGGAGCCCGUGAGCUUUGCGGAGGUGGCCGUGUAUUUCAGCAGGGAGGAGUGGGCGCUGCUGGACCCUGCGCAGCGAGCGCUCUACCGGGACGUGAUGCUGGAGACGUACCAGUGCGUGGCCUGGCUGGCUUCACUUCCAGCCCCCAAACCCGGGCUGAUCUCCCUGCUUGAAGGAGGGGAAGACCCCUGGAUCCCAGAUGUGCGUAGCCCGGAGGCCGUGCCAGGAGACCUAAGCCCAGGUGGAGAUGAGAUCACAAAACCAAAGGAGAAUCUGCAGGAAGUCGGUGUGGUCCGGAGGCAGUGGGGUAAUGUCUCUGUGGGAAUAAGCAGAAGGGAUGUCCAAGGGGGCCUGAAGCAAGGAGAACACUUCAAGCAGCCACUGGGAAACUAUCCAGGAAAGAGAGCAAGGAACCCGCUGGAACUCAGUGCAGGUCAACAGCAGCCUGAAGAGGCCAGGAAGAGGGAAGUACGCCAGAAGAAAAAACACAACUCAAGCAAUGAGUGUGCGAAAAGCGCUAAAAGGUAUUCCAGACUCGUUAAAAACCAUCACGUACGCUCAGGGGAGAGACUGUACAAGUGCUCUGCUUGUGGAAAGAGCUUCAAAUGGAGAGCCCACCUUACAGUACAUCAACGCAUCCACACGGGAGAGAGACCGUUUAAGUGCUCAGAGUGUGGGAAGUGCUUCAGCAGCAGUUCCAACCUCAUUGUCCACCAGCCCAUCCACACAGGAGAGAGACCCUACAAGUGCUCUGAGUGUGGGAAGAGCUUCAAAAGAAGUUCCCACCUCAUCAGCCACCAGCACGUCCACACAGGAGAGAGACCCUUUAAUUGUCCCGAAUGUCCAAGGAGCUUUAAACACAGUUCCGCACUUUACUCCCACCAGUUUAUCCACACAAGAGAGAGACCCUACAAGUGCCCUGAUUGUGGGAAGAGCUUCAGAAGUAGUUCUGCCCUCACCUCCCACCAGAGCAUCCACUCAGGAGAGAGACCCUUCAAGUGCUCUGAGUGCUCGAGGAGCUUCAAAAGGAGUUCCCACCUCACCUACCACCUGCGCAUCCACACAGGAGAGAGACCCUACAAGUGCCCUGAGUGUGGGAAGGGCUUCAAAAGCAGUUCCAAUGUCAUCCGCCACCAGCGCAUCCACACAAGAGAGAGACCCUACAAGUGCCCUGAGUGUGGGAAGAGCUUUAGAAGCAGUUCUAGACUCAACUCCCACAAACAAGUACACAGAAGAAAGUGACUAUAGAAGUGUGUUGUGGUUUAGCCCAGCAGGUGGCUCAGCACCACGCAGUAGUAUUCUCCCUCCUCCCCUCCCUUAGGGAUGGAGGAGAGAACAACAAAAAAAAAAAAACAAAAAAAAACACCGGUGAAGCAGAACUUGUAGGUUGAGAUGAAGCUUUUUACUGAGAGAGAGAAGAGGACAAGGAUAAAUGUUAUGGCAACGUGCCUAUAUAUGAAUGAUGUGACAAGUGACGCACCGGGAACUGCUCUGCUUUCUGCCAGAGGCUCCAAGUGGGGCCGUUCUCCCCGGCUGCUGUGUGGGCUGAAUCUCUUACGUCUUGUCCUGUCUGGACUGGCCCGUGGGCUACCGCAUGACCCAUUGCCUGUUUAAUUUGUUCAAAGGCUGUUGCUGCUCCGGCCCCACGUGAAAUGGGUCUUCUUCCAGAUCACAUCAUAGAGAGGGUUUACAGUCAGACCGUAAUCCAGACAAUGCAUUCUUCAGAGACCCCCAGCACCUGAGAACGCUUGUGUUUCCUUUUUGCUGGUUGGAGGAGACAGAGCAGUUAUUGUAUUGACCACAUCCACGGGGAUCUGACGACAUCCAUCUUUCCAUUUGACUCCUACGAACAGAAUCUCCAGUGCAGGUCCCUUGACUUUCUUUUGCUUUAUGGCAGAACUGGCUUUCAAGAAGUUUUGAAUUAUUUUCUUCCCUUUCUCAAAAACGACUUCUGCUGUGUUGCCCCACGCGAUGAUGUGGUCAGUGUACAGCAGGUGUUUAGGAGCUUCCCCUGUUCCAGUGCAGUCUGGGUCAGCCCACGACAAACGGUAGGGCUGUGUUUCCACCCUUGGGCAGUCGAUUCCAGGUGCAUUGCACGCCCCUCCGAGUGGAAGCACAUGGAGGCCUGCACGAUGCUGCCCGAGGGAUUGAGAAAAGCACAUCAGUGGCAUAGCACGUGACUGCCUUUGACUCCAGUUCAUAUGGCAGCUCUAGCACACCUGGCACAGCAGUGCUGCGGUGCGACUUCAUUCGGGCCAAUGGCCUGAGUAUUACACCUGGGGUAUGACAGCGCCUCUGCUGUUUGAAGCAACAUGAGCACCAAGCAGAGUUAUUACCUGACACCAGCUUGCCCUGGAGAAUCUAACUUGGUAGGUCCAUGUGCUCAGUAGCUGGACAGAACAUGUUUUUGGACAUUCAAGCGUACAGGUUCAGCAAGUAUCCAGGGCAAGACAUAUUGCUGUUAAAAGAACACGGGGUGUGAGGGAUGUUGAACGGAACUGGAGGAGAAUGGUGCAUCACCAUCCACAAUGCCACCACUACCAUAACCGAGGCCAUUCAAAACACGAAGGAAAUCACCAAAAAGCCUGGAGAGCUCUUUCAAGUGAUGCAGCCAAGAGACUGAUUUGAUGGACUGAUCCCCUGGCCGUGGAUCACAUCACUGCCAAAAUCACCGGGAUGCACGGGUGGGGGAAAUGGCUUGUGAAUGUCAGUCUUAGGAUAUGGUGUGGGUUUUUGUUUCUCAUGGUAGGCCUUCCCAUCUCUCUUCCUUUUUGCCUGCUAAGCCCUAUGUGCAGUGAAGGAGACCUCAGAAUGUUUGAGCCGUGGGUUGGUGUGUGGGGUGAGAGGUGAGCGCCUGUUAAUGUGAGGCGGAAAAAUGCCCUGAGAGACAAUGAAGUCACAGGGAGGAGCUGGGUGGCCCUUCUCUUAACUGGACUGAUGUAUCAGCCAAUGCUGGAAGAGUCCAGAACAACACCCCAGAAAUGGUCAAGUUUCAGGAGAGGGCCUGGCGUGACUUCCUCUGAUUUGGAUAUAGUCCAGUGUCUAGGACAGGAGGCAACUCCAAUUCCAAGUAGGGGCUGAUGGUAUCUCAUCUUUUUCCUUUGGUAUUAUAACUAGGUGCUGGGGGGAGGUUGGGUUUGCCCUACCUCUGCUGCUGGCCCUGCUUCAAGGUGCUGCUGCUUCCACUCUGUGCCACGUGGAGCAUCCCCAUCAGCAGACUUGGUGCUGGAUCCAGGACUGGUGAUCUCCCUGCCCCCUUUAAUUUCUCUUCUUCCUUUUCUUUCUUUUUCUCUUCUUGUUUUUCCUAACUCAAGGCAUACUUGGCGUUCCUGGAAACCAUACCGCUUAGACAAAUAAAAUGGGGAGAGGGUGGAAACGUAGGAUAAAUGUUUUGUAGACAUCUCCCAAUAAAGUGGAUCUUUUCUUUCUACCUGUGUAUGAUUCCUGAGUGUUGGUUCCCCUUCAUCUAACUGGAGGGGCUGUGAAUCUGCUCACCUCUACCUACAUUCACGUGCAGGGCGUGACAGUGUUGAAUGAACAACAGAAAGGAGGUGUGUGGAAAAGGACCUUCCAAGUGAUUCUUUCUGCACGAGCUGACAGCUCAAGCUUUGCCUCCAAGGUUUGUAAUUACAAAGGUCGUCUUUUGUGCUCUUCUGGGAAACUGGGAUGCAGUUCUCCACUUUGAAAGUGCCUGCACCUGUGCUCUUACGAGCUGCCUCUUAACAAGUGACCAGCACUGAUGGACUACAGUGCCUAGGGCAAGUGAUGCUGUUCCAGACAUAUCCCUUUAUUCCUUAAAGAGGAAUUGAUUGGGAUCAUUGUCCUGGCUGGGUGGCAUGUAGCAAGCAACCACUUUACUUCCUUGUCCCUUAAUCAGAGCCCAGAGGCUCUCCACCACCUCACAGCCAACUGUAAGCUCCAUGCAGAGCUCACGUGGGACACCGAGGGCACAGCCUUCUGCUGGCUGGAUACAAGUGUUGCUUGAAGCAGACAGGACAAA